AUGGCUACCUCUUCGUUGACGGUCAACACCGCUAACCGCCAAGCCAUGCUGGCAGCCAAUGGCCAAUAUGUUGCCUCGCGUCCGGCGAAUGUAGGGCAACUUGAGCUUCCUCCCACGAAACAAUAUCUCAUUGUUACGUGCAUCGAUGCCCGUAUUGACCCUGCGGCGGCUUUUGGAAUCAAUCCAGGCGAAGCCCAUGUGAUCCGCAAUGCCGGAGGCAGCGCCGUAGCUGCCCUCCGGGACAUCAUCAUUUCCACGCACUUCUUGGGUGUGAAAGAGGUGUUCAUCAUCAAGCACAAGGACUGCGGCAUGAAACUCCUCAACUCGUAUAAGACGCCCAUCUCCCAACUUCUGUACCCGGGCAAGAUCGUAUGCCCUGGUGCGGCUUCGAUCACCGACAUGCCCUGGUAUGACUUCAAGUGCCCCUACGCCGCCGUCCGCCAAGACUGGUUCUUUGUCCAGAACCAUCCGGCCAUCCGGGCCAACGACCCGACCAACCCAGACAGGAAGAUCAUCAUCCACGGCUUCGUCUACGACCCGGCAACUGGAAAGAUCGAGGACGUGCCGCCUCGUGUCCCUCCAUCAGAGAACCCGAUCCCGGGGUCCCAGCCGAACGGCCCUGACCCGGCCGGGUGCGGCGGCGGGGGCGGCGGGGGCAGCGGCGGCGGCGGGGGCGGCGGCGGCGGAAGCUGUGCGGGUGGUGCUAAGCAAUGCGGUUAG